CAGGGUCUUGGCCAAAAACCUGUAUAAAAAGCGCAUAAUAUCUGACAAAAAACCAGCAACAUUCAAAGAGUUGCAGUUUUAUAAACCCAUAUUGAUCAUGUCUGUAAAACAAGCCAUGGAAUUUUCUCUCAUACAAACCAUGGAACCAUUACCCAUGGCCCUUCUUUUCGUCAUCCCUUUCCUACUCCUUGGCCUCAUCUCUCGGCUUCGAAGAAAACCAUUUCCUCCAGGGCCCAAAGGGUUGCCAAUCAUCGGAAACAUGAUGAUGAUGGACCAGUUAACUCACCGUGGACUUGCCAAGCUUGCUCAGAAAUAUGGCGGUAUAUUUUACCUCAAGAUGGGGUUCUGGCACAUGGUUACUAUUUCUAAUCCUGAAAUGGCUCGCCAGGUGCUUCAGGUUCAGGACAACAUUUUCUCCAACAGGCCAGCCACCAUCUCCAUCAGUUAUCUAACAUACGAUAGAGCUGAUAUGGCUUUCGCUCAUUACGGGCCUUUUUGGAGGCAGAUGCGAAAACUGUGUGUAAUGAAGCUUUUCAGCAGGAAAAGAGCCGAGUCAUGGGAAUCCGUAAGAGACGAAGUGGAUUCACUCGUUAAAGCUGUUUCAGCCAACACCGGGAAAGCAGUAAAUGUGGGUGAGUUGAUCUUUAACCUCACCAAGAACAUCAUUUACAGGGCAGCCUUUGGUUCUAUAUCGCAAGAAGGGCAAGACGAGUUUAUCAAAAUCUUGCAAGAGUUCUCCAAGCUUUUUGGUGCUUUUAAUAUUGCCGAUUUUAUUCCUUGGCUCACCUGGGUUGAUCCUCAAGGACUCAACACCAGGCUCGAGAACGCUCGUCACGCAUUAGACAAGUUCAUUGACACCAUCAUCGACGAUCAUAUCCAGAAGAGGAAGAAAAACAACAACUGCUCUGAUGAAGGUGACACCGACAUGGUUGAUGAUUUACUUGCUUUUUACAGUGAAGAAGCCAAAGUAAACGAAUCGGAUGAUCUACAAAAUUCCAUCAAACUCAGCAGAGACAACAUCAAAGCUAUUAUCAUGGACGUGAUGUUCGGUGGGACAGAAACAGUGGCAUCAGCGAUUGAGUGGGCCUUGGCAGAGCUGAUGAGAAGCCCAGAGGAUAUAAAAAGAGUCCAACAGGAGCUGGCUGAGGUGGUGGGCCUCGACCGCCGUGUGGAAGAGUCCGAUUUCGAUAAACUAACCUUCCUAAAGUGCACCCUUAAAGAAACCCUCAGGCUCCACCCCCCAAUUCCCCUCUUGCUCCACGAAACCGCCGAGGAUGCUGUAGUGGCAGGCUAUCAAAUUCCCGCCAAGUCGCGAGUGAUGAUCAACGUCUGGGCCAUUGGCAGAGAUAAGAAUUCAUGGGAAGAUCCAGAUACUUUCAAGCCAUCCAGGUUCUUGAGAGAAGGUGUCCCGGACUUCAAAGGUAGCAACUUCGAGUUCAUUCCGUUCGGGUCAGGUCGCAGGUCAUGUCCGGGCAUGCAACUCGGGUUAUAUGCACUUGAUUUGGCUGUGGCUCAUUUGCUUCACUGUUUUACGUGGGAGUUGCCCGAUGGAAUUAAGCCGAGUGAGCUUGACAUGAGUGAUGUGUUUGGACUCACUGCACCUCGGGCGACUCGACUCUAUGCCGUGCCAAAGAAACGCCUGGUUUGUCCACUCUUUUAAAGGAAAACGAACAAAAACAAAAUCCAUUUGAGACUUAAACUGCAGCCUAUACAAAAGAAAACAGGGAAACCAUUGAAGGAAACGGUGACAAAGGUGACUUUACAAGUUGGAUUUUUGUUUUUUUCAUUUUAUACUUUGGGAAAGAGGCAAGAUUUCAAGAACAAAUAACCGAAAAGAAAAGGUAUACGAGAGAAUUUAGAUUCUCUCCUUCGCUGUGGAUAAGACUCUUUUCAUUUGAAUUAUGUUGAAAAUUGUCUA